AUGCUGGUGCUGCACUUACUGGUGCACCACAUGCUGGUGGUGCACUUGCUGGUGGUGCACUUGCUGGUGCACCACAUGCUGGUGGUGCACUUGCUGGUGCACCACAUGCUGGUGCUGCACUUGCUGGUGCACCACAUGCUGGUGCCUGCACCACAUGCUGGUGCUGCACUUGCUAUUGAACCACAUGCUGGUGCUGCACUUGCUAGUGCACCACAUGCUGGUGCUGCACUUGCUAGUGCACCACAUGCUGGUGAUUCACUUGCUAGUGCACCACUUGCUAGUGUACCACAUGCUGGUGAUUCACUUGCUAGUGCACCACUUGCUAGUGUACCACAUGCUGAUGCUGCACUUGCAAGUGCACCACUUGCUAGUGCACCACAUAUUGGUGCUGCACUUGCUAGUGCAUCACAUGCUGGUGCUGCACUUGCUCGUGCACCACAUUCUGGUGCUUCACUUGCUGGGCACCACAUGCUGGUGUUGCAAUUGCUGGUGCACCACAUGCUGGUGCUGCACUUGCUGGAGUACCACAUGCUAAUGCUGCACUUGCUAGUGCAUCACAUGCUGGUACUGCACUUGCUGGUGCACCACAUGCUGAUGUUGCACUUGCUUGUGCACCACAUGCUGAUGUUGCACUUGCUCGUGCACCACAUGCUGGUGAACCACAUGCUGAUGCUGCACUUGCUUUUGCACCAAAUGCUGGUGCUGCACUUGCUGGUGCACCACUUGCUGGUGCACCACAUGCUUGUGAUGCCCUUGCUAGUACACCACAUUCUGGUGCUGCACUGUCUAGUGCACCACAUAGUGUUGCUACACUUGCUACAUACAAAAUCAUUGAAAGAGGACAUCCCCGAUGUACCGAUCGUUCAACUGAAAAAGGUUUACUGA